UUUUGUGCGUGGAUCAAAGAUUCGCAUUUAUUAUACACGAAUCUAAUAUCAAAAGUGAUAAGUAAUGGCCACAAGGAAACGUUCCGGUUCCGGUUCAAAGCGACCGAAGGAAAAAGUGGUCUAUAUUUACGAACUUCUCUUGCACGGAGCGAAUGCUGACAGUAACAAACAAAAUUUCUGGAAUGAAUUCUUUCUGCUGCAACCUAACACGGAGGCAUUUGAGACUGAGCUGCAAAAAUUGGAUGCAACGAAAUUGUGUGCAGCUAAAUCAAAUCUUUUCCUUCUAUUGGAAAAAUGUGUUGAAAUAAUGGACUCCAACGAUGUGAAAAGAACACAUAAUGCCCUUAUUACGCUUACCAUCCUAACAUACACAAUGUUUAAAAAAUAUAACAAUGCUGAAGAUGGAACUGAAAACGUUUUCUCUGAAUUUCAAAUUACUGACGUCGAAGAACACAUCAAAAAGCUGGUGGAAAAAAUUAAAGAAUUGGUUAUCUGCGAUAACUCGGACACACUGCGGUACUACUGCUUCAAGUUGCUGUUCAUUGUCGCCUCAGGAACUGAUAAUUUAGAUGACAACUUGCUACUGGAGUACAUCAUGUCGAACAAUCUGUUUGACUCCUUGAAAAAGGUUCUGAGUGAUUCAACGGCACGUCUAGAACAUGGACACGAUAUUGUAAUUCUUUUGGCACUUCUAGUCAACUAUAGAAAACACGAUGCUACUAAUCCGUAUGUAGUAAAACUGUCUCUACUUGAUGAUGAACUUGCUCUUCAUGGUUUUGGCCACGUUAUCUCUGCAACACUCUUUGAGUUUAUCAAACAACAAACUACGAACGUACUAUCAGUACAAAACAAUUCAUGGAUCAGCUCACUUUCGUCGAUGGUGGGAAACAUGUUUCUCUCUGAUGAAGUUGACGAAAAAAUGUACCAAAUCAGGCAAAAUAAUGCCUUACUGUUGGCGCUAUAUGAAGCAGUGCAUUUGAACAGAAACUUCAUAACAACAUUAGCCACAACUCAAGCAGAAUCGAGCUCGCCACCGUCUCCGUCAAACACUCUUAACAGCCAUCAUUCCAUAAGCGAUAUAUCAUCUGCGCCUAUAAUAGAAGUGUCCCAAUACCCAACGAAUUUGCUAGUAGCUGUUUUUCAAUAUUGCUCUGUCGUGAUGAUGGAUCAUAAAAAUGAAUCAAGUGCAGUUAAUCUUAAAUUAUGUUUCAUUAUCCUUACAUGCAUUUCCGAAGACCAAUAUGCAAAUUCAAUGAUGCAUGAUUCAAAUCUCACGUUUAAAAUAUUUCUACAUAGAGCACAUAUGCGACACAGAAAAUCAACUGCAGAUCGAGCGUCUAAACCUCAACCACUAGCUGCAACUUUGUUAGAUUUGCUUGUAGAGUUCAUUGUUUCUCAUUUUAUGAAAAAGUUUCCUAUGGAGUUGUAUUUGUUAUGUACCGGUAUUAUACAUCGCAUCAUAGUAUACCAAAAACGUUGCCGAGUAAGACUGAUUUAUCCAUGGAAGGAACUGUGGACGUCCUUGAUAAGUUUACUCAAGUUUAUCGUUUACCAGGAACAGACGCUUGUUAAAAAGUGCAACAUAUUCAACUUAGCCAUUCAGGUUGUUAACAUUUUCAAUCUCUUUAUCACCUAUGGAGACACCUUUUUGGCAACUACUAGUAGCUACGACGAUCUUUACUAUGAGCUUAACAGAGAGGAAAAAGUAUUUAGUGAGAUUCAUGCCAUGGUCCUGCGGUACACUACAAUUGAGGAAUGUGAAUACAAGGAAGAUGUUUUCAAGCUUUUAAAUUCGCUAGUAAAUAUACUAGCAAUCAUCAAGCAUUUUCAGAUUAAAAUCAAAGAGUGGUUAUCUGCAGAAUCAUUGUCCACCCCAACUGAAGAACAAAUACUGGCGCAAAUACAGAAAAACUAUGACCUUACCCUGAAACUACAAGACUCGUUAGAGUUCUUCGAAAGGUACACCGAAAAACCUCAUGAUUUAUUUUUCCGUAAUUUAGUCAAGGAUGUCGUCAUUGAUACGCGGAAGUCGGUGUACAACGUGAUAAAAAACUAUAACGUUAACAAGACAAAAGAAGCCUAUGAAUAAUGGUUGCGUUUUUUUUAA